GGCUUCUUUUACCAAAGAAGAAGAAUGAUGUUGAUAUUGUUGAGUCCUGUGAUAAAAUUGUUACAUUUGAGAAUUGUGAUGCAGUUUUAACAUUCUACGAUGGUGUGGUCCUAAGAGUUAAUGACGCAUGUAUAAAAGCAUGA